CCGCCGCCGGCCGCCAUGUCCCCUCCGGGCGGCAAGGUGCUGCUGAGGACCGGGCCCGGGGUACGGCCGCACGUGCGGCGCGGCCAGCUGCUGCUCUCCGCCCAGCCGUUCGUCUAUGUUCUCAAAUCGGAUGGACUCCGCGUGCGCUGCUCCUACUGCCUGGAAAAGCGGGACCAUCUGCACCGGUGCUCCGGGUGCCAGGUGAUGUAUUUCUGUGACCGCGAGUGCCAGAAGCGGGCCUGGAGCGAGUUCCACCGAUCGGAGUGCGCCCGUCUGAAGAAGGUGUCUCCGCGUCUGCCGCCCGACACGGCGCUGCUACUGGCGCGGCUCAUCGUCAAACUGAGGAACGGCGGUGACCGCAUCUCGGACCGUAUCACGGACACGCGGCACCGCUCCUUCAAGGACCUCAUGUCUCACUACCGCGACAUCAAGGCCACGCCGCGGCGAAUGGAGCACGUGGCCGCGCUCACCGUCGUGCUGAGGUCGUUCCUCGGGCCGGACAACUUCCCCAACGACUCCGAGCUGGCCGGCAUGUACGGACGGGUGUGUGUCAACGGCUUCAACAUUCUGGACGGCGAGAUGCUGCCAGUGGCGACCGGCAUCUACCUGUCCGCCUCCAUCAUCGACCACUCGUGUCAGCCGAACGCGGCGGCCACCUUCAACGGGCGGACGCUGAGCAUCCGGGCCACCGAGCCCAUACCAGACUUCACCUGGGAAAAGGUCCGUAUCAGCUACAUCGACACAAUGGCCGACACGGAGACCCGGCGCCGAGAGCUGCGCAACGGCUACUUCUUCGACUGCGACUGCGUGCGCUGCUCGGCCGCCCCCGGCUCUGCCCCGGGCGGGGGUGGGGGCGGCGCGGCGGCCGGCCUGGAGCGCGCCCUCCGCUGCGGCUCGGCCGACUGCCCGGCCACCGUGCCGCUGCCGUCGGACGGAGCGGCGCCGCGGUGUCCCCGCUGUCGCUACCAGGACUACCCGGCCGACAUCGGAGCCGAGUUUGACGAGAUCGCCCGGCUCACCAGGACGUACGCCCAGGACAACACCGUCUACGACGACUUUUGCCUGCGGCUGCUGCAGCGCCAGGAGGCGGCGAUGCUGCACCCGCUGAACGUCUACCGCGUCAAGACGCUCGACCUGACGCUGGAGGCCGCCAUCAGCACGGACAUGUGGGAGCGCUGUCUGGAGCUGGGCAGCAAACUCGAGGACGGAUACAGGACGUUCUACGGUCCGUGCAGCCCGCUGACGGGCAUCUUCUACCUGAAGGUGGGUAAGAUCGCGCUGUACCGGUUCCAGCACGCGCUGGCGGCGCGCUGGCUGCGUCGGGCGGCCGCCGUGCUCCGUGUCACUCACGGAUCGGACCACCCCGUGUAUGCCGAGCAGCUGGCGCCGCUGCUGCAGCAGCUGUCGGCAGAGACGGCCGGCAGGGAACGCGGCGAUGAACUGGGGGAGGGUGGGGACUAGGGAAGGGCGAGGGGUCGAGGGGGGAAUGUUGACGGCCCGGGGAGGGCGCUUAACCCUAUUCCUGGCGGGGGGGCCUCAGGAGCCCCCCCCCCCCCCCCCUGAGGUUUUUUGAUUAUUUCUCCCAAACGCGUUGAGCUAGGAAGCUCAAAUUUUCUGACUUUUCCUAAAAGGCUUCUACGCAACAUGUCUGAAAAUUUUGAGUUGAUCUGACCUCAGGUCAGGUCACCAGAGGCGGUUUGGUGACCCUACCUCAGAAAAGUUUGCAAUCACGCCAGAGCUAGAGUUUUUGACCGAUCAAUUUCUUCUCUUCAGGCUUUAGUUAGGGUACCAGUAUGUGCAAUUUGUAUAUCUCGGAAUUUUGAUAUCGGUGACCUAAGGUCAGGUCAGUUUCGCGACCUCCCCAUUAUAAGUCAAUGGGGGAAAAAUCAACUCCCUGUUUUUACCACUAAAACGGGUCGGAAUGGCCCCAUAUACCAUACAUGACUUCAUAUACGAUCAACCUUCACUACCUUGAGGUCUGUUUUGCUGUUGGGCAGCUGUGAGGUCAUGUGACGUCAUCAAAGGUCACCAAAGGUUUUUGGCCAAUAACUCCGUACAGGAACAAGAUACAGACGCGUGGAUGGUCUCAUUGUGUUCAGCUCGUCAAGACGCAUCGAAUGAUAUACAUGAUGACCUCGAGGUCACGUGACCUGAGGUCAACCUUUGACCUUGACCUUGCGAGGUCAACAUAUAUAUCAUUCGAUGCGGAUUGACGAGAGGAUCACGAUGCUGCCCUUAGUUUGUUCCUAUCUUGACUAAUUCGAAAGUUAUUCGAGAAAAACUCUCUCCAUAUCUAGCGCCGCCAUUUUGACUUUUUCGACCCCUGUGACGUCAUCUUUGACCUGACCUGAAAAUGACCUUAGUAAAAAUUGUAGAUCUUGACCGUGCGUAUCCGAUGCCGUUUACCGUUUGUCGCUAUCUUGCUUCGUUCUCGAGAUCUCAGGGGGGGGGGCCGAAUCGCCCCCCCCCCCGCCAGUUUCUUGUCCCGGCGGAGCCCGCCAGGAAUAGGGUUAAAGGGGCUGGUUGAGGGAGGUGCCAACGUCUGUGUGUCCUCGCAAGGUUUGACAAAAUUGCCGUCCUCUGAAAUCAUACAUUCAUUAGCUUUAGGUACACUUUCCUUUUUCCUAAACUCACUCUUCUAUGAGCUUCGUCUUUCAAACGUAUUCUUUCUCAGAUUACAUCCUUCCGGUUACCGAAUUUACGUAAGAUAUUUCAUUUCAAUGCUGUCAUCUCGGAGUUCUGACUGUAAGGUAGCUUUGCUAAUUUUGUACGCCUGUUUUUACGAUGGUCCUUUCUCCUUUGAGCAUUUUUAUGUUGCUGAGUGAUGCUGGUUAGCUCCCCUCCAGCCGAGCUAGUUUCCCCAUUCCCAUGUUGUGUCUUCCGCCACGUUUUUGCGUAGUUAGGCACCGCCGCUCCGGCCACUGCCAUGUCCCAUGCUGCUGUGAUUUUUAUCGUAAACAUUGUAACAUGUUAGUACGUUGUGAUAUACCCGUUGUCGAACUUGUGUGGGAUGACAUCUAAAGUGUCCCUGUGUCACAUAGUGCUAACGGCCUGUUAGCUUGCGUGCGUUCAUCUAGUGCUGGCUGUCUCACAUGAAUGAUACCUGUUUUGUGUGCGAACGAACCUAUUUGAUGUGAUUGAUAGUGUCUAAUGAUGUACGUUCAACACAACUCACUUACGACAAUACAAACAAAUAUCAACAAA